CAUUCACAGCUACUAUAUUUCUUGAAAAAUGGAUGCCUCUAAAAAUGAAGAGGUUUUCAAUGAUAAUAACACAACUGAGACUUACAUAACUAAUCAAAACAUUAUUACGGAUGCAUCUGGUCUUACAGAAUCACAAAAAUUUGAUUUGAUAAAGAAACAACUCGACAGAGCUAUGGAUUUACCUCCUGAAGUGCCAGGCCCAGACCAUAGGUCAGAUCCUGGAGAUUUUAACCCUCCUCCAAAUGGACACAAUUAUGUACAACCUAUUGAAGAUCCAUACAGUAGGGCAGUGAAAUACCUUGAGAAACACAAUAUUCUACCAUUAUUCCAGAGCUUAACAGCUGGUAUUGUUGAGCACUCACCUGUGGAUCCUCUGGAGUUUAUAGCCAAUGAAGUAGAAAGACUUCACAAUGAAGAACUAGUCAUAAAACAAAAAGCAGAGCAGGAGCAUCAAGCUAAGCUUGAAAAAAGGCGGAUUGAAAAGGACAAAAAGAAAAAAGAAAAAGAGGAAAGAGAAAAGGAGGAAAGAGAAAAUAAGCAACAAGAACUUGAAGAACAAAUUUUAAAACAAAAGGAAGCUUUAUUGCAAGAACAACAAGAUGAUAAUUCCAGUUCAGUGAGUCAAAAGAAUGACAAUGAUGAAACAAAUGAUGCUACAGAUACAGAAAACAUUGAGGAAAAAGACACAGGGGAUAAUGAUAACAUCAAUAGUGAUGUGGCAGAUACAGGGAACAUUGAAGACGAAGAUGGUAAAAUCAAUAGUGUAGAUAAUAACGAUAAACAGAGUGAAAGUGAAGUAAAAGACUCAGACACUGGUGACAAUCAUACAAAAAAUGUUGACACUGUUGAAAAGACAGUGGAAGAAAUUGAUUUCAAUAAAACUGAAUCAUAGUCUUCACCUUAUGCUUUCUCUAGAAAACCCCAUUGGUUUCUCUAGAGGGUUUGCAGCUCAUAAGGUCUUUCCAAUUAGGCAUAAUGUCACUAAUGUGUUAGGAAAGUAAAAAGAUGGCAGUGGUUUAAAGGCAAACCAAAGAGGAGUAUACAUUGGUAAACUAUGCUCCAGAUUGUCUCUUUCUUCACCAAGAGCAGAGCAAUGGUAAACAUUGAUUACUACCAGUAUUUUAAGUAGUGCCAAAAUACAUGGCUUUAAUCUCUGCACAUAAUGACAAAUAAUCAUGAGAGGAUCAUCAAUUGAUACAAUGAGUUUUUUUAUGCUCACUGAGUGGCACUGAUUCUACAUUCAUAAAUAUAUAAUAUAAGGCCAGUUUGUUUAGGUUGCUAAAAUGUGUGUGUAUAUCAGUAUAUUGUGUACGCAUGUUAAAGGUGUACCAAAACAGUGUUAUUGAUACAAGAUAUAUUGCCACAUGAUAUGAUAAUGCUAUAAAAGACAAUGUACGUUGCUGAAUGUGAAUCAAAAUAAACAGCACAAUAAAACCAUUUA